AUGUUACGAGGAAAAAUUUUACAUUUAAUGCACUGUUCCUUUUUUUUGUCGUUCAUAUUUGCCUUCCUGGUUUUUGCGGGUGCUAUUAAUUUAAAUGAAGAUGAAAAAGCAUAUAUUGAUCCCAUUCAAACCUACGGUUUUUUUGGAGCAGCAAUUUUAUAUAUUUUCAGACUCCUUACAUUGUUGACUAUACCUCAAGUAUUGUGUAAUUUUGCCGGACUGACAUUGUUUAAUGCAUUUCCUGGUAAAAUUAAAUUAAAGGGUUCUCCAUUGUUAGCACCAUUUAUCUGCAUAAGAGUUGUGACACGAGGGGACUAUCCUAAAUUAGUGUCCAACAAUGUUACAAGAAAUAUGAAUACUUGUUUGGAUGUGGGCUUGGAAAAUUUUAUCAUUGAAGUAGUAACUGAUAAAGCUAUAAAUCUGGCCAGUCAUAGAAGUGUCAGGGAAGUAGUUGUACCUGCAGAUUAUAAGACUAAAACUGGGGCCUUGUUUAAAUCAAGAGCAUUGCAGUACUGUUUGGAGGAUAAUGUGAAUAUAUUAGGUGAUUCUGAUUGGAUUGUUCAUUUGGAUGAAGAGACAUUGCUUACAGAGAAUUCAGUGCGAGGAAUUUUAAAUUUUGUCUUCGAUGGUCAAUAUCCUUUUGGUCAAGGACUUAUUACAUAUGCUAAUGAAGAAGUGGUAAACUGGCUCACAACAUUGGCUGACAGUUUUAGAGUGGCUGAUGAUAUGGGAAAGCUUAGAUUUCAAUUUUAUACAUUUCAUAAACCACUAUUCAGUUGGAAAGGAUCAUAUGUUGUUACUAAAGUAAGUGCAGAGAAGGCAGUUUCAUUUGACAAUGGGUUAGAUGGUUCUGUGGCCGAGGACUGUUUCUUUGCUAUCAAAGCUUAUAAAGAGGGUUAUUCAUUUAAUUUUGUUGAAGGCGAAAUGUGGGAGAAAUCUCCAUUUACUUUAUGGGACUUUAUGCAGCAGCGGAAAAGGUGGAUUCAAGGUAUACUUUUAGUAGUUCACUCUAAAGAAAUUCCCUUUUUUUAUAAAGUUUUCUUGGGUAUCUCGUGUUAUUCAUGGGUCACACUACCCUUUUCAACUAGUAAUAUGUUUUUAGCCGCUUUAUGUCCUAUACAAUGUCCCCAUAUUUUAGACUUAAUUAUUGGCUUUAUAGGUGCAGUCAAUAUUUAUAUGUACAUAUUUGGAGUCAUGAAAUCUUUUCCAAUGUAUAGAUUUGGUCCAUUGAAGUUUGUUAUGUGUAUUGCUGGGGCAUUGGCUACAAUUCCCUUUAAUAUUGUAAUAGAAAAUUUAGCUGUGAUUUGGGGUGUAUUGGGAAAGAAACAUAAGUUCUAUGUAGUAAAUAAGGAGGUAAAGACACCAGUAACAGUGUAA